GAAGAAAGAAGGAAGGACCGAGCAUCUUCUAAAGAGUGAAAAAGCAUUUAGGAACAUUGGAAUAUGGGGAGAUAACAUGUCGUCGUGGACAGACAUUCUUGAUUAAUUAGUAGUAGUAACCAAAGCCAUUGGCGCCUGUCUUGUUCCCGUUGCUUUUCCCAAAUCUUUAUCCCCAAUUCUCUCUCUCUCUCUUACUCAUACUACUACUACUUUGGGGUUGGGGGAAGAUGAUAGCUUCUUCUUGCUUCUCCUUGAAGCUGUCGUAGGUUCUGGUAGUCCUCCGCUUCUCUUUAAUUUUUCCUCUUUUUGCCCAGUUUAUUUUUAGUAGGAUAUAGAAGAUCAUGGCUCAAAGGAGAGGAGGACCUGAUCCGCCUCCGCCCCAGAGGCGGAUUCUGCGGACUCAAACUGCUGGUAAUCUUGGAGAGGCUAUGCUAGACAGUGAAGUUGUGCCAUCGUCUCUUGUGGAGAUUGCUCCUAUCCUUCGUGUAGCCAACGAAGUUGAAGCUAGUAACCCGCGUGUUGCUUACUUAUGUCGGUUUUAUGCGUUCGAGAAGGCACACAGGCUUGAUCCUACAUCAGGUGGACGUGGUGUUCGCCAGUUUAAGACUGCGCUUCUUCAACGGUUAGAACGGGAGAAUGAAACAACUCUUGCAGGAAAGCAGAAGAGUGAUGCACGCGAGAUGCAGAGUUUCUAUCAGCACUACUACAAGAAAUACAUCCAAGCUUUGCAAAACGCUGCUGACAAAGCUGACCGUGCUCAACUUACAAAGGCUUAUCAAACUGCUGCUGUUCUCUUUGAAGUCUUGAAAGCUGUUAAUCAGACAGAAGAUGUGGAAGUGGCUGACGAGAUUUUGGAGGCUCAUACAAAGGUGGAAGAAAAAAGCCAAAUCUACGUGCCUUACAACAUUCUUCCUCUUGAUCCUGAUAGUCAAAAUCAGGCUAUAAUGAGACUUCCUGAGAUACAAGCUACAGUAACUGCACUUCGUAACACUAGGGGCUUACCAUGGCCAGCAGGUCACAAGAAGAAACUCGAUGAAGACAUGCUAGAUUGGCUUCAAACUAUGUUUGGAUUUCAGAAAGAUAAUCUUUCGAAUCAAAGAGAGCACUUGAUUCUGUUACUUGCUAAUGUCCACAUUCGACAGUUUCCGAGACCUGAACAGCAACCAAGAUUGGAUGAUCGCGCAUUGACUAUAGUCAUGAAGAAACUUUUCAAAAACUACAAAAAAUGGUGCAAGUAUUUGGGUCGGAAGAGCAGCCUUUGGUUGCCGACGAUUCAACAAGAGGUUCAGCAGCGGAAACUGCUGUACAUAGGACUCUAUCUUUUGAUUUGGGGAGAAGCUGCGAACCUGAGAUUUUUGCCAGAAUGCCUCUGCUAUAUAUAUCACCAUAUGGCUUUCGAGUUGUAUGGAAUGUUGGCUGGGAGUGUUAGUCCAAUGACAGGGGAGCAUAUUAAACCUGCAUAUGGUGGUGAAGAUGAAGCCUUCCUGCAAAAAGUAGUUACUCCUAUAUACAAAACAAUAGCAAAGGAAGCAAAGAGAAGUAGAGGAGGAAAAUCAAAGCAUUCUGAGUGGAGAAACUACGACGACUUGAAUGAAUAUUUUUGGUCAAUUCGGUGCUUUCGGUUAGGGUGGCCUAUGCGAGCUGAUGCUGAUUUCUUUUGUCAGACGGCUGAAGAACUUAGACUUGACAAAAGGGAGAAUAAACCCAAAACUGGAGAUAAAUGGAUGGGCAAAGUCAAUUUUGUUGAGACACGCUCCUUCUGGCAUAUAUUUAGAAGUUUCGAUAGAAUGUGGAGUUUCUAUAUCCUGUCUUUGCAGGCAAUGAUCAUAAUUGCUUGGAAUGGAUCUGGGGAUUUGAGCGGCAUCUUUCAAGGUGAUGUCUUCCUAAAGGUUUUGAGCAUCUUCAUUACGGCAGCUAUAUUAAAACUUGCACAAGCUGUCCUUGAUAUAGCUCUAAGCUGGAAAUCAAGACAUAGUAUGUCAUUCCAUGUGAAGCUCAGAUUUAUCUUCAAGGUAGUUGCAGCUGCAGUAUGGGUUGUUCUCAUGCCACUAACGUACGCAUACAGCUGGAGGACCCCUUCUGGUUUUGUGCAGACCAUAAAGAACUGGUUUGGGGGACACAACAAUUCCUCACCUUCCUUUUUCAUUACGGUCAUUCUUAUCUACUUAUCCCCAAAUAUGCUCUCUACGGUGCUCUUUGCGUUCCCAUUUAUCCGACGUUAUCUUGAAAGGUCUGACUUUAAAAUAGUGAUGCUGAUGAUGUGGUGGUCUCAGCCAAGACUGUAUAUAGGGAGGGGUAUGCAUGAGAGUGCAUGGUCACUUUUCAAGUACACGAUGUUCUGGGUUGUACUUCUAAUAUCAAAGCUUGCAUUCAGUUUUUAUGCAGAGAUUAAGCCUCUUGUUAAACCAACCAAGGAUAUUAUGCGAAUUCACAUAUCAGUCUACCGCUGGCACGAGUUUUUCCCUCACGCCAAGAGUAAUAUGGGUGUGGUGAUCGCUCUUUGGUCACCUGUUAUUCUUGUUUAUUUCAUGGACACUCAAAUAUGGUAUGCUAUAGUAUCAACUCUGGUUGGUGGUUUAAAUGGAGCUUUUCGACGUCUUGGAGAGAUCCGAACACUAGGAAUGUUGAGGUCUAGAUUUCAGUCCUUACCAGAGGCCUUUAAUGCUUGCUUGGUUCCAAAUGAGAAGAGUGAAACUCCAAAGAAAAGGGGGAUGAUGGCGACCUUCUCUCGCAAGUUCGAGCAGAUUCCAUCCAGUAAAGACGAGGCCGCACGAUUUGCUCAGAUGUGGAACAAAAUUAUCAGUAGUUUCCGAGAGGAGGAUUUGAUUAGCAAUAGGGAAAUGGAACUCCUGCUUGUGCCAUAUUGGGCUGACCCUGAUCUAGAUCUUUUCCGUUGGCCACCUUUUCUACUGGCCAGUAAGAUCCCAAUAGCUUUGGAUAUGGCAAAAGAUAGCAAUGGAAAAGACCGUGAACUGAAAAAGAGAUUGAGUGUUGACAAUUACAUGACUUGUGCAGUCAGAGAGUGCUAUGCCUCUUUUAAAAAUCUAAUAAACUUUUUGGUGGUUGGAGAACGAGAAGGACAGGUCAUAAACGAAAUAUUCUCCAAGAUUGAUGAGCAUAUAAAGAACGAAACACUGAUUAUGGAGUUGAACUUGAGUGCUCUUCCUGAUCUGUAUGGUCAGUUUGUUCGACUAAUUGAGUAUUUGAUGGAAAACAGAGAAGAAGACAAGGACCAAAUUGUAAUCGUCUUGCUAGGAUGUUCUAUUCUCCAUUUUCGGCUUGGAGAAGCAAAAUGAAGAUGGAGUCUCUAUACUAUUUUACUUGCAGAAGAUCUUUCCAGAUGAGUGGACAAACUUUCUGGAACGAGUUAAAUGUGACAGCGAAGAACAACUUAGAGCAAAAGAAGAGUUGGAAGAGGAGCUUCGUCUGUGGGCAUCUUACAGAGGCCAAACACUAACCAAAACUGUGCGAGGCAUGAUGUAUUACCGGAAGGCUUUGGAGCUCCAAGCCUUCCUUGAUAUGGCAAAGGAUGAAGAAUUAAUGAAAGGGUACAAGGCUCUCGAGUUAACUAGUGAAGACGCACCAAAGAGCGGAAACUCACUCUGGGCUCAGUGUCAAGCACUUGCUGACAUGAAAUUCACCUUUGUGGUUUCAUGCCAACAAUACAGUAUUCAGAAGAGAUCUGGUGACCAACGUGCUAAAGACAUCUUGAGGCUUAUGACCACGUACCCAUCUCUACGUGUUGCAUAUAUCGAUGAGGUUGAACAAACACAUAAAGACAGCUACAAAGGAGCGGACGAAAAAAUUUAUUACUCCGCCCUCGUUAAAGCCGCUCCGCAGACCAAAGCUAUGGAUUCUUCUGAAUCUGUGCAAACACUAGACCAGGUCAUUUAUAGGAUUAAGUUACCAGGACCGGCAAUACUAGGAGAGGGAAAGCCGGAGAAUCAGAACCAUUCGAUCAUUUUUACUCGUGGAGAAGGGUUACAGACAAUAGACAUGAACCAGGACAAUUACAUGGAGGAAGCUUUCAAAAUGAGGAACUUGCUGCAAGAAUUUCUUGAAAAGCAUGGAGGUGUAAGAACGCCUACAAUACUUGGACUUAGAGAGCAUAUUUUCACUGGAAGUGUUUCUUCUCUUGCAUGGUUUAUGUCAAAUCAGGAAAACAGCUUUGUUACUAUUGGGCAGAGGGUGCUAGCUAGCCCCUUGAAGGUACGAUUCCAUUACGGCCAUCCAGAUGUUUUUGAUCGACUGUUUCACCUUACCAGAGGAGGGGUCUGCAAAGCUUCUAAAGUUAUCAAUCUUAGUGAAGACAUAUUUGCAGGUUUCAACUCUACACUUCGUGAAGGCAAUGUGACUCAUCAUGAAUACAUACAAGUCGGUAAAGGGAGAGAUGUGGGACUCAACCAGAUUUCAAUGUUUGAGGCAAAGAUAGCUAAUGGAAACGGGGAGCAAACUCUAAGCCGUGAUCUAUAUAGGCUGGGGCACCGAUUUGAUUUCUUCCGUAUGCUUUCUUGUUAUUUUACUACAAUUGGAUUCUAUUUCAGUACCAUGUUAACUGUGCUUACGGUCUAUGUAUUUCUAUAUGGCCGACUGUAUCUUGUCCUAAGUGGUCUUGAAGAAGGGUUGAGCAACCAGAGAGCUUUUCGUUCAAACUUGCCUCUUCAAGCCGCACUUGCUUCUCAAUCAUUUGUGCAGAUUGGUUUUCUAAUGGCCUUACCUAUGAUGAUGGAGAUAGGACUUGAGAGGGGAUUCCAUAACGCCUUAAUUGAUUUUGUACUAAUGCAAUUGCAACUCGCUUCUGUAUUUUUCACUUUCCAACUCGGGACAAAAACUCAUUACUAUGGUCGAACAUUGUUCCAUGGAGGCGCGGAGUAUAGAGGAACUGGGCGUGGAUUUGUGGUGUUUCAUGCAAAAUUUGCUGAAAACUAUAGGUUCUACUCGCGGAGUCAUUUUGUGAAGGGUCUUGAGCUGAUGAUUCUCCUCCUCGUGUAUCAGAUAUUUGGCCACGCCUAUAGAGGCGUAGUUACAUAUAUUCUGAUCACUGUUUCGAUAUGGUUCAUGGUGGUGACUUGGCUCUUUGCUCCGUUCUUAUUCAAUCCCUCUGGUUUCGAGUGGCAAAAGAUUGUAGAUGAUUGGACAGAUUGGAAUAAAUGGAUAUAUAACCGAGGGGGAAUUGGUGUUCCUCCAGAGAAGAGUUGGGAGUCUUGGUGGGAGAAGGAAAUAGGACAUCUUCGACACUCUGGGAAACGUGGUAUCAUCCUCGAGAUUAUUUUGGCUUUACGCUUCUUCAUCUUUCAGUACGGACUUGUGUAUCAGCUCAGCACUUUUAAACAGGAAAAUCAAAGUUUGUGGAUUUAUGGAGCUUCAUGGUUCGUGAUCUUAUUCAUUCUACUCAUUGUGAAGGGUUUGGGUAUGGGAAGACAACGGUUCAGCACAAGCUUCCAGCUUCUCUUCAGGAUCAUCAAGGGUUUUGUGUUCCUCACAUUUCUUGGGAUUCUCGUUACUUUCAUAGCUCUUCAUCUUUUAACACCCAAGGACAUCUUCCUUUGUAUGCUCGCUUUCAUGCCAACCGGAUGGGGAAUGUUACUGAUCGCACAAGCUUGUAAGCCUCUGAUUCAACGGCUAGGAAUCUGGUCAUCGGUCAGGACGCUAGCUCGAGGUNAAUGGAAACGGGGAGCAAACUCUAAGCCGUGA